AUGUUCCGUAUAGUUAAUCGGCUUAACCAAAUUACCUUGCGGAAUGCUAGUUACCGAAGUGCCUCUACAACUUCGGUUUCUUCGAUUUCUAAUAUAGAAAAACAAUGGAAAUCGUUUACUACCGAAGAACAACAAAGCCUGACAAAACAAAUCGAAGAACUUCAAAAACAAGACUGGAAUAAAUUAUCUCUUGAAGAAAAAAAAACUGCUUAUUACAUUUCUUUUGGUCCUCAUGGUCCGAGAGAACCAUAUCUCAAACCGGGCCAUACAAAUAAAUUGAUUGCUGGCAUUACUGGAGUUGUUGUCAUUUCUUUUGGAUUAUUUUAUCUAGCUCAUCGUGCAGUUCCUGACAAACCCCUGAGUAUGAAUAAGGAAUGGCAAGAAGCCACUAAUGAAAAACUGCGUAGACAAAAUGCAAAUCCUAUAACUGGAAUUUCAUCAGCAGGAUAUAAAGGAAAAGGAUAUGUGCAAUCGGAAUAG